CGCAUUAAUUUCUGAGGCGCACACGUAGGCGAGCCGAAGAUUUUAAUAAAUUUUCAGCUACAGCAAGCUUCAAAGCUGCACAAGCAAAGUGAAAAAAACAUAAGUUAAGUGGCCCGUGCAUAAAAUUGUUAUCAAGUGAAAAUGGCGCGUUACACACAACGUCCGGAAAAUGCUCUUAAACGAGCUAAUGAAUUCAUUGAGGUGGGAAAACCACUGCGUGCCUUGGACACGUUGCAAGAGGUGUUCAGGAACAAGCGUUGGAACUAUGCCUACUCCGAGACGGUCAUUGAGCCCCUCAUGUUCAAGUACUUGUACUUGUGCGUGGAGCUCAAGAAGUCCCACAUUGCCAAGGAGGGUCUCUUCCAGUACCGCAACAUGUUCCAGCUGGUGAAUGUGAACUCCCUGGAGAAUGUAAUUCGAGGCUAUCUGAAGAUGGCCGAGGAGCACACCGAGGCAGCUCAAGCUCAAUCCUCAGCGGCCGUUGCUGUGCUCGAGUUGGACGAUUUGGACAACAUUGCCACCCCUGAGAGCAUUUUGAUGAGCGCUGUGUGCGGUGAGGAUGCACAGGAUCGUUCGGAUCGUACUAUUCUGUUGCCCUGGGUGAAGUUCCUCUGGGAAUCCUAUUGCCAGUGCUUGGAGCUGCUGCGUGUAAAUACGCACUGCGAGGCCCUGUAUCAUGAUAUUGCUCGCAUGGCCUUCCAAUUCUGCUUGAAGUAUAAUCGCAAGAGCGAGUUCCGUCGCCUGUGCGACAAGCUGCGUAAGCAUCUCGAGGAUAUCUGCAAGAGCAGCAACCAAACCACUGGCGUGUCCAUCAACAAAGUGGAGACUCAGCAGAUGUGCCUGGAUACUAGGCUAUACCUGCUUGACUCGGCCAUACAGAUGGAGUUGUGGCAGGAGGCCUACAAAGCCAUUGAGGACAUUCAUGGUCUGAUGGCCAUGUCCAAGAAGACACCGGUGCCCAAAACUAUGGCCAACUACUACCAGAAGCUGGCUAUGGUCUUUAGCAAGGCUGGCAAUCAGCUCUUCCAUGCUGCCGCCUUAUUGAAGCUGUUCCAGUUGACGCGCGAGCUCAAGAAGAACUUGACCAAGGAUGAUUUGCAGCGCAUGGCAGCUCACGUGCUGCUCGCUACUCUCUCGAUUCCGCUGCCAUCGGCUCAUCCGGAAUUCGAUCGCUUCAUUGAGGCGGACAAGAGUCCACUGGAGAAGGCACAAAAACUGGCCGUCUUGCUGGGUCUGCCCCAGCCACCAACCCGUGUCUCGCUCAUACGCGAAGUUGUGCGCUUGAAUGUGCCCAAUCUGGUGUCGGACGAGUUCCGCAACUUGUACAACUGGUUGGAGGUUGACUUCAACCCGUUGAACCUCUGCAAGCGCAUUCAGUCCAUUGUGGACACCAUUGAGAGCGGUGAGACCGAGAACACCCUGCUUGCUCCCUACAUCCAGCCUCUGAAGGAUGUGACCAUCAUGCGCUUGAUUCGCCAAAUCUCGCAGGUGUACGAGAGCAUCGAGUUCAAGCGUUUGCUUGAGCUGGCGCCUUUCUGCAAACUCUUCGAAUUGGAGAAGUUGCUGGUGGAGUCGGUGCGUCACAAUGACAUGCAGAUUCGCAUCGAUCAUCAGCGCAACAGCAUCUUCUUUGGCACCGAUCUGACCGAAAGUCAACGCGAGUAUCGUCCCGACGGACCCGCUCUGCAAUCGAUGCCCUCGGAGCAGAUUCGCUCGCAGCUCGUCAACAUGUCGACAGUGCUGACGCGUGCUGUGUCUAUUGUUUAUCCGAAUCGGGAGCGUGAUCAGCGCGCCAAGCUGCGCACUCAGAUGGUGCAUCAUUAUCAUGAGAUCAAGGAUCGCGAGCAUCAACGCAUUCUGCAGCGCCAGAAAAUCAUUGAGGAUCGCAAGGAGUUCAUUGAGAAGCAGAACAACGCCCGCGAAGAAGAGGAGGCACGUCGCCACGAGGAGGAAUCUCGCAAGGCGAAGUUGGCCGAGCAGAAGCGCCUCGAGCAGGAGCAGGAGGAGCGCGAACGCAAGCGCCACGAGAACGAGAUCCAGGCUAUCAAGGAGAAGAGUCUCAAGGAGAAGGUGCAGCAAAUCUCGCAGACGGCGCACGGCAAGAAGAUGCUGUCCAAGCUCGACGAAGAGGGCAUCAAGAAGCUCGAUGCCGAGCAAAUCGCAAUGCGCGAGAGCGAAGAGUUGCAGCGUGAGCGCAAGGAGCUGCAGUCCAAGCUCAAGUCGCAGGAGAAGAAGAUCGAUUACUUCGAGCGUGCCAAGCGUCAAGAGGAGAUUCCGCUCUUCGAGAAGUAUCUGGCUGAGAAACAUGCUAAGGAUAAGGAGUUCUGGGAGGCCACCGAACAAACUCGUAUCGAGACGGCUAUUUCCGAUCGCAAGGAUGCUGUGCUGCAGCAAGAUCGUCUGAAGCGCAUGUAUCCCGAUCGCGAUGAGUUCCUCGAAGCUCUCAAGAAGGAGCGUGCUUCGCUCUAUGUCGAGAAGUUGAAGAAGUUUGACAUUGCGCUUGCUGAGGAGCGCAAGAAGCGUUUGGCCGAUCGCGUUGUUCGUCGUCGCGAGGAACGCCGCUUGGCCUUUUUGCGUGCCAAGGAAGAGGAGCGUUUCCGCAAGGAGGAAGAGAUUCGUCACGCUCGCGAAGCCGAAGAGCGUGCAGCAGCCGAGGCUCGUCGCCUGGAACGCGAAGCCGAGGAUGAGAAACGUCGUCAGCAGUACGAGAAACAACGUGCCAAGGAGGAGGAAGCCGAACGCAAGAUUCAAGAGGAUCGCGAGCGUCUGGCUCGUGAGGUUGCCGUCGAGCGUGAGCGCAGCGAAAAGGAACGCGAUACUUGGCGUCCACGUGGCGAUCGUGGUGAGCGUCCAGCAGCUGCCGCCGGUGGUGCCGGUGAAUGGCGUCGCAAUGCUCCACCAAGCGACCGCAACGAGCGUAAUGACCGUAACGAUCGUGAUCGUAACGACCGCAAUGAUCGCAACGAUCGUAACGACCGCAAUGAUCGUGAUCGCGGAGAGCGCAAUGAUCGCAUUGACCGCAACGAUCGCGACCGUAAUGAUCGUGACCGUGGCGAGCGUAAGGAUAACGAAGGUGGCGCCGAUUCCUCGUGGCGUGUGCGUCGCGAGCCCGACUCUCAACGCGGAGGCGGCCCUGAUCGUGGCGAGCGCGGUGGUGCUCCAGCUGGUGGACGUGAUGACAAGUGGCGUCGCGGUGGUGACCGUGAUCGUGGUGGUGACCGCGACCGUGAGCGUGGUGAUCGUGACCGCGAGCGUGGUGAUCGCCUCGGUGGUGAUCGUGACCGCGAUCGUGACUCGUUCCGCCGUAACGAUGGACCACGCCGUGACGACCGCGAUGAUCGCGGUGGAUUCCGUCGUAAUGAUGAUCAAGCUCGUGACACAGGCAGCAACUGGCGCGAUGCUCCCCGCCAAAGCGAUCGUGACAACCGUGACAAUCGUCGCCCAGCUGGAGGCGAGCGUCGUGAUGGACGCGACAAUCGCGGUGCUGGCGCUGGACCCAAGGAAGGAGGCGGUGGUGGCGGCAACUGGCGCACUGCUCCCUCGCCACGUGACGAGAAACCUGCUCCCAAGCGCGAACAGCCCCAGGACAAGGAAAACAAGGCCGGCGAUGAUGGUGAAUGGACUAGCGUUAAGCGGCGUUAAAUAUUUAUCUCUCUUCCGCAUUGUCUAAUAUAUACAACACAGCAAAUGUAACCGUACCCUCUUUUUUAUAUAUACAACAAAUAAUAUACAUAAUGUAUUGUACUUGAUCCGAAAUAUGUGCUAAUCCCGCUCGCUCUAAUGUAAUAUGCUUGGCAACAUUUUUACAAAUUGAUCACAAUUACAAAAUAUAAUAAUCAACUAGCCUACCUUCGCCUCGGUUUGCUAGAGUUGGAUGCAUAAAUAAAGUACAUACAAAUAAAAUGUUUAUCAAAAAUAGUAAAU